UUGUUGUGAAAUCUACUCUGGCUUUAGGGUUUAGGAUUGUUUGAAUUAGUGGCAGUGGUAACAAUUAGUUACAUUAACAGUUGAAACUGUAAAUGAAACUGAAGUACCAAUACCUAAAAUAUAAGUUCUGGUCCUGUGUUUUAAAAGUUGCUAUCUGAGUCAGACAGGUGCGGAGACACUUCUGGAAGUAACAUCACAAUGGCUGCCCAAGGAGAACCCCAAGUUCAGUUCAGACUUGUUUUGGUUGGUGAUGAUGGUACUGGAAAAACGACAUUCGUGAAGUGUCAUCCGACUGGUGAAUUUGAGAAGUGUGUAGCUACCUUGGGUGUUGAGGUCCAUCCUCUUGUGUUCCAUACCAACAGAGGACAGAUUAAGUUCACUGUAUGGGAUACAGCUGGUCAGGAGAAAUUUGGUGGACUGAGAGGUGGCUAUUACAUACAAGCUCAGUGUGCCAUUAUAAUGUUUGACGUUACAUCAAGAGUUACUUACAAGAAUGUGCCUAACUGGCAUAGAGAUCUCGUACUACGAGUGUGUGAGAACAUCCCAGUUGUGUUGUGUGGCAACAAAGUGGAUAUUAAGGACAGAAAGGUUAAGGCAAAGUCAGUUGUCUUCCACCGAAAGAAGAAUCUUCAGAAUGAUGACGUUUCUGCCAAAAGUAGCUACAGCUUUGAAAGGCCCUUCCUCUGGCUUGCUAGAAAACUGAUUGGAGACCCUAACUUGGAGUUUGUCGCCAUGCCUGCUCUUGCCCCGCCAGAGGUGGUCAUGGACCCAGCCUCGGCAGCACACAGUACGAGCGUGAUUUAGAGGUUACUCAGACAACUGCUGUCCCGGAUGAAGAUGAUGACCUGUGAGAAAGCGAGGCUGGGGCCCAGCGUUGGAAGGCUAGUUGUAUAGGCAACUGUCAUGUGAUGUCAGCGGUGCAGCGUAUUUGCCACUUUAUUAUAUAGCUAAGCAGAACAUGUGCUUAAUCUUUGGAUGCUGAAGGAGAUGGAUGGGCUUUGGAGUGAAUGUGGCAGUUUAAAAAAAAAUACCUUCAUUCUUUGGACCUGCGUAUUUAGGUGGUUUGGAACACAGUUGUUUCCUCCUUGAGUUUCAAAUAUAAGACUCUCUAGUCACAUGACAGUAUUGAGAGGUGCAGUCUUGUUUGUUGCUGUCGUUCGCAUUCCUUUGCGUUUAGAAUCAGAAUGAAGUUGUAUUUCAAAUAUCUAAAAAAAUAAAUCAAAGUUACUAUCUUUCUCAUUAGAAUAAAAAUAAAGGCUAAAGGAAGCCUUUCGGUACAAAGUAAAACAUUGUUCUUUUUCUGACUUUGAACUUUUUCAUCUUGUUUAUAAAUCACUUGUUCAGUAUGCAUUUAUACUAGAUGCCUGUUUUGCCAUAAUAUUGUGGGUAUUGAAGUGAAAUAAAGCAGGCUUCCUGAUCUCCAGAUCUCUUACUGGUUGCUAAAGAGACUGUAGACAAACCAGUAGUUAGAAUACAACAGACAAAUACUGAAAUGCAGAUAUGAACAAGUGCCAUAAAAGCAGAAAAAAGUGGCAUUAAGCCAAGACUUUCUCCCUAAAUGGAAAUAUCUUAGUGCAUUAUUAAAAUAAUUGUAAUAAAAACGCAUAGCUUUCCAGGUUAAAAUGCUCUCGUGUAGCAAAGAGAUACGACCAAACUGUUUAACAUCAUCUUUUACCAAAAUAUGUACACAAAGGUCUAAAAGACAGAAGAAGUCUUUUAGACAAAUGUCAGACAAAAGUCUGAAAGAAGGUACACUCAAAUACUAGAUGUGUGCCUCUGGAUGGAAGGUUUACGGAUGGUAAUAACCUUCCUUUCGUCUCUGUCUUUGUCUGAAAUGCUUUACAAUGAGAAAGACACAUACAGCAUUUUGUUUUAUGUAAAUGGGAUUUAUGAAGCACCGUUGUAUGACUUGUUAUUUUCUUGAAGCACACUGGGAACUAUGGCGGUACAUGCGCCUGCCUCCUGUCAGAGCGAGGUGGCAGGCUGUGCUCUCGUUCAGUCCAUCCUUCCAUUGGAACAUCCAGGCUGUUUCUGAGUUUCUCUGCUAGAAGCCGUUCCACCUACAUUCAUAUUUUCCUCACUAGUCUGAUUAGUGCCUUAGGGUAAAUUCCCAGCAGUCUUUAGAAUGCAUGGUUAAAAUGAUAGACAUUUGCUAUACUUUUCCAGAUUGCCUCCAAGCACUGUACAGAUUUUUACUCAACAACACCUGAAAUCAAAAACAGUGACUGUUUCUACUUACAGGCCAACAUGUAUCAUUUAAAUUCUUUCCUAAUCUAAUAAGUCCAAUAACAUUAAUUUUUAUUUAUUAGGUGUUGAGCAACUUUUUACACAGAGUUAUUGUCUUUGUAUUUCUUUGUAAAUUGGUGAUUUUCAAACUGUUUCUCUUUUUGCUGGUUAUAAGAGCCCUUUGUGUUGCAGUAUUUUUUAUUUUUAACUUUGUUUUUAGUGUCCUGCCAUGUGGACUUGCUGAAAGGUUGAUGUCACAUUUACUGUUUUACGACUUUUGUUUGGAUUUUGUAUGAUGGCCUUUCUCAUUCUCAGAUUAUUCUCUUACUUUUUCUUCUGGUCAUUUUGUGGUAUAUUUUUUGUCUAAAUCUCUAAUUUACAUGGGAUUUGGAGAGUAUGAGAAAAGUAUUGAAUUUUGUUUCCCAAGUAGAUAAUAUGGUCAAGAAUUCCAUAGUUAUUUUCUUUCAUGUAAAAUUUUAAAUCAACAUUUUAUUUUUCUCUUCCUUUCUCUGUAUAAACAGAGGAAACUAAAACAAUGAGUCCAUUUUUACUUGUCUUCUUCUAAUUGCCACACAUUGCCCUCUGUGUGAUCAGAGGGCAGCUUCAGAUCAGAUUUUUUACUUUGUGGGAGCAUCUCCUUUUUCUGGGUUAGAUAGCAGAUAAGAUUGCUUUGCUAUGAAUAACUGAAAGUGUAAACAGUCAACUUUUGGCCAUUUUAUUUGUGUUUACAGUGUGUGUUUUUAUUACCUUACUUCUCUUUUCUACCGGCUAUUUUAUAAAGAGAGCAAAUCCGUGUGACUUUGUAACCCCUCCCUUCAGUGAUGAACAGUAAAGAACCAGAUUUAUGACGAGGGUGUCUCCCACCCCUGAUAAAUAUACCCUAAACUUCAUGUUGCAUACAUUUUUGGGCGGAGGACUCUCAAGGCCUUGUUUCAGGACAUAUAUGUUAAGUGUGAAGUCUGUAGUGGUAGUAACAGUGGUCUUCCAAGUGUUUAUCUUUAACAGGAAAGUUAUUCUUCUCCUUAAUGGCAGUGCGCCCCAAGUGUUUCCUAGACCUGGUAAUUGCCGUAACAGCAGAGCCGCAAGAACUUGGUUGUAGACAGACAGCUGGUCAAAUCAAACAUGGAACAGUCUCUACUGAUUGCCAGGCUUGUUUAACAUAUAGAUUCAUGCCUGUCCAGACUGGUGUUAUUUUUAACCACUACCAAGAUAAAACUAUGUAACAAGCUUUUAUUGAAUAUAUCCUAGGUGAAAGGAAAUGGGAUAUGCACUUAGAAGUUUUUCUCCCAUAUUUGCUAUUUAGAAGGUGUAUGUGUUUAUAGUAGUUUAUUCUCAUUUUCUUACUCAGCUUUCUUUAUGCAUUUACUUCUGAAUGGCUCACUAGGAUUAAAGAUACAUUUGAUUGUUUAAAUACAAAAAAAGCUAACUGAAAUUUCAUGAAAAAAAUUGGUCAUUUCAUAAACAUGCUAACCAACUAAGUCAACUUUACCACACUCAUUUAAUUGAGUUUCUGGUGUUUUUGAACACUUGUUACAUUUUAAAUGAGAUUUUAAUUCAAGUUAUCAGUAACCUACCCAUUUUGCCCCGUUUUUGUUCUGUCCGAUUCUAAUUAUGUUAAUGUCCUUUGCUAUCUGAGACAUGCUUCCUGAAUAAGAAAUGUAUAUUUGCAUUUUAGGAAUAAAGUUAGAAAAGAGGAAGAUACUUUGUGCUGAAAUUCUUUUUUGUGUG